GCCCAGGUUUUCUCUAACCUUGAGGCGUCCCACCUCAUGUCACAAAUGAUUCAACAGGACCCUUACAUCAGUACUGGUUCAAGUGGCGGCUAUAACUUCCCCUCUACCCACUUAGACGUGUUUAUAAAGCUGCAGCAACGCGUGCAUCUUCGCAACUCAACUCGGUAACUCGACUGCUUGAAAACCCUUCAUAACUAGCCACACAUGUCACCGGUUAAAGUCACGCUCUCGCGACUUGACUGUCUUUAUCUUGCACGCUUGGCGGAACAAGCAGAAAGAUACCAGGAUGUUGUUGACCAGAUAAAGAGUCUCAUUGUGUCGUCCCAAGGACAGUUGACGGCCGACGAGAGAAGCCUCUUGUCAAUUGCGUUCAAGAACAUCACGUCUAACCUUCGAAACGCUUGGCGGGCAGUUGAUUCAUUGGAGAAGAGGGAUGAUAACACUAAAAGACAACUGGUAUUGAUGCAGUUGGAAAAGAAACGAAUAAAGGAUGAACUGUAUGGAGCAUGCAAAGAUGUGGUGGAUCUCAUGGACAAUCAUCUCAUACCGUCCGCAAGUCCCGGUGAAGAGAAGGUGUUCUAUAGCAAGAUGAAGGGUGACUAUUAUCGUUAUCUUGCAGAGUUCUCAAAAGACGAGCCAGGUGACCAGAGCGCGAAGCUGUCACUGGAAGCCUAUAAAUGGGCUUACAAACAUGCCCUGGCCAACCUUGAGCCUAUGCAUCCAACACGGCUAGGAUUGGCUCUGAACUUUGCGGUCUACUACCACGAUAUCAUGGACAGCCCGGAACGAGCGUGUUUCCUUGCGAAGGACGCAUUCGACGAAGCCAUCGCCGUUAUUUCAUCGCAUGUUCCGAAGACGGGGCAGACUAUAGAAGACUCGCUGAUGAUCUUGCAGCUGUUAAGAGAUGACAUGAUCCUCUGGUCAGGGGAAAUCCAGCAAGGUGGGUUCACCGAUACGAACUCCAGUUCUCAAGUCACAGUGCUGAGAUAUGGAACAGAUAGAUGAGUGUAUUAUGACACAAUUUCCUGUAGCUUAGCUUUACAUAGUCUUUUGGUUUUGAUGCAUGGUAUAUGAAACAUUAUAUUUUUUUAAACAUUAUACAUAUGUGACGAAGCCGCC